GGAGAAGCGUGGGAACUGAGUCCCAGUCCCUCUUUGUUUUUCAUGUGGGCGCUGGAAAUGUGCUUGCAGAGGUGCAUUGGGUAUCGUUCAAGGAGUGUGGGUGUUUCUGUGACAGUGAGAUUUUGGCUUGGCCAUGGGGUGCCCAUCACAUUUUCCAUCUCUGGUUUCCCUACGAGGACUGCUGUUCCAUGAUAUUAUGAAUGUCUGUCCUCAGAGGUAUAUCGUGCCUUCUGCAGGCCUGCCUUUUCCCUCACCAUGUGGCCCUUCUGUUGCACUAGGAUAGGUACUGUUAUCUGGUUGGUUGGUUUGGGGUGGUUGAUUUUACUGGGGUGUUUUGGAGUUCUUCUGUUUUGUGUUUUUCCUGAUGAGAUCAAGUUUAGAUCUCUUCUGGUGAAGCUUUCUGAUGCUUGUCUGGCUCUCUCUGCCAUUUGGCUCAGUUGUUACAAGAAGUGUGGGUUGCAGUGCAGCUUUAUACUCUAUGGCUGCCUUGGAAGGUGAAUUCCAGCGUUAGCAAUUAGCUGCAUGCAGGAACGAGGGUGCUGCAAAGUUAUGGGGGACUUCCACUUCUCUGACAUAGAGAAAUAACAUUCAUCCCAGAUUUGAUGAUAAUGAAAAUACAGAAAAAAGAAAAGCAGCCGCUGACCUUAAAAGCGCUGAGCCUCUCCCCAAUGUCGUCUGCCUGGGAGUGCAAGGCACAGGACACCUUUGCCAGCAGCGAGGAGCAGGACGAGGUGCCCCACCAGGUGACAGUGACGGCCACGAACACGGGCAGCCAGUGCCAGUGCCCAAAGGAGGAGCCCAGUGGGGCUCCCCAGAAGCGGACGAGCACCCAGAAUGGGAUGCAGGACAGUGGGGGCGGGGGCACAGGGGUGAAGAAGAAACGGAAGAAAAAGGAUCUGGGAGAGCAGGAAGGGGGAGAUAAAGCAGCUGUGGAGGUGAAACCAAAGAGGAGGAGAGAGCCUAAAGAACCAAAAGAGCCUAAAAAGGCGAAGGAGUCCAAGAAGCCGAAGGAGCCCAAACAGAGAGAGGUGGCCAAGAAGCCCCGCAAACCUCGGGAACCCAAAGCCCCAAAGGAGCCUAAAGACAAGAAGAGCAGCGCCGAGCCUGCCCCCAGAGCAAGACCCAAGAAGAGCAGCAAGGACACCCCUGUGGAGAAGAAGAAGAAAGGGAAGAGGAAAAAUGAGAUACCAGCGAACAGUUUGGAUUUGGAUCAGGACCUGCUGAGCCCAUCCGUACAGAGCCCAGAGGAGUCUGCGGAGUCAGCUGACAGCCAGAAACGACGCUCCGGACGGCAGGUGAAGAGGAGGAAGUACAAUGAGGACCUGGAUUUCAAGGUUGUGGAUGAUGACGGCGAGACAAUCGCUGUGCUGGGAGCUGGGCGAACCUCCGCGCUCUCUGCCUCUACUCUGGCGUGGCAGGCGGAGGAGCCUCCUGAAGAUGAUGCCAAUAUCAUUGAGAAGAUCCUUGCCUCCAGGAUGGUGCAGAAGGAGGCUCAUCCUGGAGGCCUGGCAUUUGAGACGGAGGAGUUCUACGUCAAGUACAGGAACUUCUCCUAUCUCCACUGUAAGUGGGCAACUCUGGAGGAGCUGGAGAAGGACCCCAGGAUCUCCCAGAAGAUAAAGCGCUUCCGGAACAAGCAGGCUCAGAUGAAACAUAUUUUUACAGAGCCUGAUGAGGAUUUGUUCAACCCGGACUACGUGGAGGUAGAUCGAAUUCUGGAGGUGGCUCACACAAAGGACCCAGACACUGGGGAGGAGGUGACUCACUACCUGGUGAAGUGGUGCUCGCUGCCCUACGAGGAGAGUACCUGGGAGCUGGAGGAGGAUGUUGACCCAGGGAAGAUUAAAGAGUUUGAAGCCCUCCAGAUCCCUCCUGAAAUCAAGCACAUGGUAACGUACCCAGAGGAGCGCCCAGCGUCCGAGUCCUGGCAGAAACUGGAGAAGUCUCGAGAGUACAAGAACAGCAACCAGCUGCGGGAGUAUCAACUGGAGGGAAUGAACUGGCUGCUCUUUAACUGGUAUAACAGGAAGAACUGCAUCCUGGCUGAUGAGAUGGGGCUGGGGAAGACAAUCCAGUCAAUCACGUUCCUCUCAGAGAUAUUCCUGAUGGGCAUUCAUGGCCCCUUCCUCAUCAUCGCUCCUCUCUCCACCAUCACGAACUGGGAGCGGGAGUUCCGCACGUGGACGGAGAUGAACGCCAUCGUGUACCACGGCAGCCAGAUCAGCCGCCAGAUGAUCCAGCAGUACGAGAUGGUGUACAGGGACACACAGGGUAACCCUCUCCCUGGGAUCUUCAAGUUCCAGGUGGUUAUCACCACCUUUGAGAUGAUCCUUGCUGACUGCCCGGAGCUGAAGAAGAUCCAGUGGCGCUGUGUGGUCAUUGACGAGGCACAUCGCCUGAAGAACAGGAACUGCAAACUCCUGGAGGGGCUGAAGCUCAUGGCCCUGGAGCACAAGGUUCUGCUGACAGGGACUCCCCUGCAGAACUCGGUGGAGGAACUCUUCAGCCUCCUGAAUUUCCUGGAGCCACAGCAGUUUCCCUCAGAGACAGCCUUCCUGGAGGAGUUUGGAGACCUGAAGACAGAGGAACAGGUGAAGAAGCUGCAGUCCAUCCUGAAGCCCAUGAUGCUGCGACGGCUGAAGGAUGAUGUAGAGAAGAAUCUGGCACCCAAACAGGAGACCAUCAUUGAGGUGGAACUGACCAAUAUCCAGAAGAAAUACUACCGGGCCAUCCUGGAGAAGAACUUCUCCUUCCUCUCCAAGGGUGCCAACCAGCACAAUAUGCCCAACCUCAUCAACACCAUGAUGGAGCUGCGCAAGUGCUGCAAUCACCCCUACCUCAUCAAUGGGGCAGAGGAGAAGAUCCUGGAAGACUUCCGUAAAACACACAGCCCAGAGGCGCCAGACUUCCAGCUGCAGGCAAUGAUCCAGGCAGCCGGGAAGCUGGUGCUCAUUGAUAAGCUGCUUCCCAAGCUGAUCGCUGGUGGGCACAAGGUGCUCAUCUUCUCACAGAUGGUGCGCUGCCUCGACAUCCUGGAAGACUAUCUCAUCCAGAGGCGGUACACCUACGAGCGCAUCGAUGGGCGGGUGCGCGGGAACCUGCGCCAGGCUGCCAUCGACCGCUUCUGCAAGCCCGACUCGGAUCGCUUCGUGUUCCUGCUGUGCACGCGGGCGGGGGGGCUGGGCAUCAACCUGACGGCUGCUGACACCUGCAUCAUCUUCGACUCGGACUGGAACCCACAGAACGACCUGCAGGCUCAAGCUCGCUGCCACCGGAUCGGGCAGAGCAAGGCGGUGAAGGUCUAUCGCCUCAUCACCAGGAACUCCUACGAGCGGGAGAUGUUUGACAAGGCCAGCCUGAAGCUGGGCCUGGAUAAGGCUGUGCUGCAGGACAUCAACCGCAAGGGCAGCACCAACGGGGUUCAGCAGCUCUCCAAGAUGGAGGUGGAGGACCUGCUGCGGAAGGGGGCCUAUGGCGCACUCAUGGAUGAGGAGGACGAAGGGUCGAAGUUCUGCGAGGAAGACAUUGAUCAGAUCCUCCAGCGCAGGACACAGACCAUCACAAUCCAGUCUGAGGGCAAGGGCUCCACCUUUGCCAAGGCCAGCUUUGUAGCAUCAGGAAACAGAACUGACAUUUCCUUAGACGACCCCAACUUCUGGCAGAAGUGGGCCAAGAUAGCAGAGCUCGAUACAGACGCCAAGAAUGAAAAGGAGAGCCUGGUCAUCGACAGACCCCGGGUACGGAAGCAAACCAAACACUACAACUCCUUCGAAGAGGACGAGCUGAUGGAGUUCUCUGAGCUGGACAGUGACUCGGACGAGCGACCGACGCGCUCGCGGCGCUUUAAUGAGAAGACGCGGCGGUACCUGCGGGCUGAGUGCUUCCGCGUGGAGAAGAACCUGCUCAUAUUUGGCUGGGGACGCUGGAAAGAUAUCCUGACCCAUGGGCGGUUCAAGUGGCACCUGAAUGAGAAGGACAUGGAGAUGAUUUGUCGGGCCUUGCUGGUGUAUUGCGUCAAACACUACAAGGGGGAUGAGAAGAUUAAGAGUUUUAUCUGGGAUCUCAUCACGCCGACGAAGGAUGGCCAGAACCAGGCUCUGCAGAAUCACUCAGGUAGUUUGUCAGCACCAGUGCCCAGAGGCAGGAAGGGGAAGAAGACGAAGAACCAGAUGCUGCUUCCUGAGAUAAAGAACGCGGACUGGCUCGCCACCUGCAACCCCGAGGUGGUCCUACAUGAUGACAGCUACAAGAAGCACCUCAAACAGCACUGCAACAAGGUUCUGCUGCGGGUGCGAAUGCUCUACUACCUGAAGGCUGAAGUGCUGGGGGAGGCUGCGGAUAAAGCCUUUGAGGGGACCCCUGCCAGGGAGCUGGACGUGCUGCUGCCAGACAUUGACUACGUGGAGAUCCCAGUGGACUGGUGGAACGCUGAAGCUGAUAAAUCCCUGCUCAUCGGCGUCUUCAAACACGGGUACGAGCGGUACAACGCCAUGCGGGCGGACCCGGCGCUGUGCUUCCUGGAGAAGGUGGGCAUGCCGGACGAGAAGCUGCUCUCUGCCGAGCAGGGCGUCAGUGACGGGGCACAGGACGCUGCUGAAAGGGGCAGCGUGGAAAAGGAAGAGAGCAAUGGAGAAAAGCUGGAGGGGCUGCCAAAACAGGAGGACAUUGUGGCUGCUGGGGUGGGUGAAGCCAGUGAGAAGCGGGACGAGCCAGCGGCAGCCCAGGAUGGCUCUGACUCAGACAGAUCCUGCUGGCCUGUCUCCUCUGCUCUCACGGCCAGACUGCGGCGACUCGUCACCGUCUACCAGCGCUGCAACCGCAAGGAGCUGCCUUCCCGUGCUGAGAUGCUGGUGCCUGGUAACCAUGGCUACUGGCUGCAGGACGAGAUGUUCCGGAGAGCCUCUGAGAUGGACUCGGUGAACAAAGAAAUGCAGAAAAGGUGGACCAGGAGGGAGCAGGCAGAUUUCUACCGCACUGUCUCCUCCUUUGGGGUUAUCUAUGACCAGGAGAAAAAGAUCUUUGACUGGUCCCAGUUCCGAGCCAUCUCUCGGCUGGAGAAGAAGACGGAUGAGAGCCUGGAGAAGUACUUCUACAGCUUCGUGGCCAUGUGCAAGAAUGUCUGUGGUCUCCCUCUGUGGAAAGAGGAUGGUCCUCCGGACCCCGACAUCUACGUGGAGCCCAUCACGGAGGAACGUGCUGCCCGGACCCUCUACCGCAUCGAGCUGCUGCGGAAGGUGCGUGAGCAGGUGCUCAAGUGCCCCCAGCUCCACGAGCGGCUCAAGCUGUGCCGGCCGAGCCUCUACCUGCCGGUGUGGUGGGAGUGUGGCAAACACGACCGGGACCUGCUGAUCGGCACCGCCAAGCACGGCCUGAACCGCACCGACUACUACAUCAUGAAUGACCCCCAGCUGUCUUUUUUAGAUGCAUACAGGAACUAUGCCCAGCAUAAAAGAACAGGGCUCCCAGGCCCAGAAACCCUGUGCUGCCUUUACCAGACUAAUUCCAAACUCUACAGUUCCCCUCUGUACAGCCAGGUGGACCGGACCUGUGAAACCCUGGAGAAUGAAGCUGAGAGUCAGAUCAAGCUGGAAGCUGUGGACAGCACCAUGUCCCAGGCUGGAGGCAGCACACCAGAUGCAAACUGUGAAACGUUCAUGUCUGAAGUCCGGGACAUCAUUUCCAGUAACUACGACGAGAGCUCGCUGCCGGAGUCGUUGGUGUGCAUGAUGUACGACGAGAAGGGCUGUCACAGCGAGCAGAGCUCCCUCGCCAGAGACAGCCCAAGCUGCACAGAGGUCGGAAGCAGCGUUGCCAAACUCUCCGAGGGCAAGCUGGAGGGGGAUGAGGAUCCAUCCAGCUGCGAUGCAGACGCCAUGAGAGAGGUUCCCUUCCUCAAGGGUUUGCAGGUGGGCUCUGACCGAAUGGACAGUCAGAACGAGGAAGCUGAGCCUUCACCUUCCACCCCUGAGAGCAACCCUUCGCAGAGCGUCCCGGCCGAGCUCGGCAAAGCCUUGGAGCAGAAGGGAGCCCUCACCAGCCCGGCGACAGGGCUGCCUGAGCAUGGCACUGUGGAAAGGGUCCUGAGCAUGGGGCUCUACGGUCCCAGUCUCCAUAACUAUGAACUAAAGGUUCCUCCUGAGCAGAGGUUCAUCAGUCUGCUGCAGGAAAAAGGAAUGGAGGCGAAGUCGGGGCCAAGUCAGAGCCACAGCGAGGAAGAUGAGGAGGAAGAAGAGGAUGAUGAUAACUCUGAGGCAGCAGCAGAUGCUGUGGAUGGCUUGAGUGGUCCCAGGACCAGGGCCAAUUGUGACCCCGAGGCUAAUGAACUGGGGGGUGAGGAGCAGAGCUCUGGCCUCCCCACACCCGAGGACACUUGCCCAGAAGACGUGAGUGGCGAGAAGGAGCCCCUGGGACUGGGGGAGCCUGGGCCAGAAGGCAGGGAGGACCGUGGCUUGGAUGUGGAGAGCACUGGGCAGCACUCACCAGGCCAGGCUCAGAGCCAGCCCUUCAGCCUGCCCACACCUCUGCUGGGGGCCUCAGGUACAGAGCCUCCCCAUGCUGGGGGGGACGCCUGGGGCCGAGGGGCUGAGGGGCAGGCAGGCUGCACGGAGGCCCUGCACCCCGAGCCCCAGCGUGUGAAGCAAGAAGAGUGUGAGAACAGAGAUGACGGGGAGAAAGCCAGCAGCAGCCAGAGCCGAGAUGGUCCAGAGAAGUACUUAGAGGAGGAGAACAAGAGUUCUGCUUCUGUCCUGCCUGGGGAAAUCGAUGACCUUCAGGAUGCCCGGGCACCGACCAUUGCCCAGCUGCUGCAGGAGAAGACGCUUUACUCCUUCUCUGAGUGGCCUAAGGACCGUGUGAUCAUCAACCGCAUUGACAACAUCUGCCACGCCAUCCUAAAGGGCAAGUGGCCUUCCUCCAGCCAGCAGUUUGAGGCACAGAGCCUGCUGACAGCCCCAGCCGUGGCCAGCAACGCCGGCAGCAGGAGCAGCUUCGCUGAGUCAGAAGCCCCUGAUCCCAGCUUCAAUAACGGGGUGUUACUCUCACAGGUACAAAAGGAAGGUUUCCUGACCCCUGCCUUCACAAAAGACGAGCGGAAACACAGGAGACCAUAUGAAUUUGAGAUGGAGAGAGAUGCCAAACAGAGGAGCCUGGAGCAGCUGGCAGCAGCCCACGUCCAUUCACCCAUUGUGCUGAACGGCUGGCGCGAGGCAGCGGUGGACUUGUCCAGAGCCUCUGAUGGGUCCCCAGGGAACUCUUCUCCUUUCCCCCUGAACACAAACAUGCCCAAAUUGGGGACUGUGAAUGCCCUCCAGGGCUCCCUGGGCAUGGACUUGUCUGGCAUCCUACAGGCAGGGUUAAUCCAUCCUGUCACGGGACAGAUUGUAAAUGGCAGCCUGCGAAGAGAUGAUGCUGCCAUGAGGAGGAGACGGGGCAGGAGGAAAAAUGUCGAAGGGAUGGACCUCAUCUUCUUGAAGGAGAGGCCUCUUCCAAACAGGCUGCAGGAUGUUCAGGAAGACCAGCCACAGCCCCCUCAGAACAGUCCUCUCCCUGAUGGGCCGGUUGCUGCUACCUCGACUCCACAGCCAGUCCCAGCUGCAGGCGGCCAAGAGAAGGCUGUCCCCAGUAAGAGUCUCCUCGACUGGCUCCGGCAGCAGUCUGACUACACACUCGAUGUUCCUGGCUUUGGCACAAAUUUUUCAGACAAGCCCAAGCAGAGGAGGCAGCGCUGCAAGGACCCCAGCAAAUUGGACAUUAGCUCACUGACGGGAGAGGAGCGGGUGCCGGUGGUACAUAAGGGUACCGGACGGCGGUUAGGGGGAGCCACAGCACCAGCAUUGAAGGAAUUGCCAAGGUGGCUUGAUGCAAACUUGGAGUAUGCUGUUGCAGCUGACUGGGCUGACAUUGUUAAGCUUUCAGGCUACUUACCCGAAAACAAAUUCAAUCGCGUCCUCAGCGAGCCCGUGCUCCGGGACACGGGGCCGCGCCGGAGAGGGAGGAGGCCCCGAAGCGAACUCCUUAAAGGCCCCGGUGUUGUAGCAGAUUCUUCUUCUGGAAUGGGACCAUUGUUCAUGAACGGACUCAUUGCUGGGAUGGAUCUAGUGGGACUUCAGAACAUGAGAAACAUGCAGGGGAUCCCUCUGACCGGGCUGGUCGGGUUUCCUGCUGGCUUUGCAGCAGUGCCCGCUGGGGAGGAUGUGAAGAGCACCCUGAGUAUGUUGCCCAUGAUGCUGCCAGGCAUGGCUACUGUACCCCAGAUGUUUGGCGUUGGAGGACUUCUCAAUUCCCCCAUGACAACGACUUGUACUGCGACUGCUCCGACUUCGUUAACAAGCACAACGAAAGGUGGCACAGCCAGCGCCGAGAAAGCCAACGAGGAGAAACAGGGCAGCCAGGAUGGGAAAAAAGAACCUCUCGCCGAAGACAAGCCCGGUCCUAGUUCGUUUUCUAAUCAGACAGAAUCCGCAAUAACUACCAGUAGUCCUGUAGCUUUUAACCCAUUUCUUAUCCCAGGGAUGUCUCCUGGACUGAUCUAUCCCUCCAUGUUCCUCUCCCCCGGCAUCGGCAUGGCGCUGCCUGGCAUCCAGCAAACCAGGCACUCGGAGGCGGCGAACCUGGAGAGCCAGAAGCGGAAGAGGAAGAAAGCAAAAGGGGAAUCGGCAAAUCCAGAGCCAGAAACUGUCUCACUGCCGGAAAAAGAAGCUGCAAACAGUCAAAACUGUGUGGAGCAGAGCCCGCCGGCGGCGGCAGAGAAGGAGCAGGAUGGACCAGCAGAGGAGGAGCGCCAGGCGACUCACGAUACCGAUUAGAACUUUUGUUUCAUUGGAAAAAAAAAAACACAAAAAGAUUGUGGCUUGUGAGUUUCUUAUCCCAUAAACUCUUUGUUACUUCCCCUCCCACCCUGCUCCACCUUCAUAAACCUGUGUUUCCAUGAGUAAUAUUAUCUACCUAAUUUCCUGUCAGAAAAAACUCUGGUGACAUACUACAUGUUAAUAGUUGCAGGGUCUUGCCACUUUAUUAGAUAAACAGUGUUGUCUAGCUAGUAUGGGAGGCACCGAAUUCUCGUUCUGUUUUUUCCAGUCGUUCAUCCCAGCCGACGAUAGCAAAUCCAGUACUCGGUCACCCCCCCCAAAUUGCUCACUCCUUUGAGAAGAAAAAGCAGCAAAAAAAAACAAGAGCAAAAGAAAAGUCUUUACCUCUUGGUCUACAUGCAGACAAGGGUAUUUCUGUCUACAGCGACACUGAACGAAAAAGCCUGUAUUUGGGCUAAAAGCACAGCUAUAGUAAGUGCUAAUGUGUAUUUUUGAUUUAAAGUAUUUCCCUAUUUUAUCAUGGUUACUAGAAUAGUAGUAUAGACAGAAGUAUAUAACUAAUGAUUGAAAAUGCAUAUAUUCAUUUCUUUGAAAGGAAAAGCAUAACUAGUAGUGAUAUAAUUUCUUGAUCACCCCCACCUCAAAGGUUUGGAGACAAACUGCAGAGAGUGAAAAGACGAUGUAGACAUUCUUUUGUAUUUUUUAAAACCAAAGUUUGGUUUUAUGUUACGUGGAGUUUAGUUGCCCUUUCUUUGUUAGUUACAAGAACUUUUCAGCUUGAGCUGGAAAGGUUUUGCACACUUGCAUGACUUUUCUGGGGUUACUGUACCUGUAGCUACCAGUUCCUUUGUCAUUCUGCUAGUCUUCAGUUCUCCUCUCUGGCGUUAGUUCUCAGCUAUGGCAUUACAGGUGCUCUAAAGGUAUUUUUUCCAGCCGUGAACAGGCCACACCAAUUUUAAUGCUCUUAUAUGAACACUGAGGCUUUUUGAGUUUUUAUAUUCCUCACUCCUUACCCCAGAAGUGAUGUCCUUUCAGCAAACACAGAGAAGGCUGUAGGCCAGCUUCUCUCUUUGGGGAGUCCUCUGAGAAGGAGCCUUGAGACUUUUUAGAGCUUGAGUUUCUUCCUUUCUAGCAUUGGACUGUGAAGAGAUGACUUGGCUUCUUCCCAUUCCGUUUGCUGUUGAACAGUAUUUCCAAACCCCCAAAGGAUUUCAGUGUCUGCAUUUCAAACAGACGGGUUUUAAUGCCGCCAGCCCCCCCGCCCCCAGCUCUGGGUACUGAGACUCCUCCACAGGCAACUCUUCUGAUUUCUCCUUCCCUCACUCCUCCUUUAAUUCUUCUUUUCACUUGGGGUUGUGUUUAUUUGCAGCUCAUGGUCUGAGACUUGAAUAAAGCUGCAGUGGUGCAGCAGUGAGCGAAGGGCAGGCUGGGAGGGAGUUGGAGCGUGUGCUACUCAUCGGUUUCACACUUGGUUGUCACAAUUUACUGUAUUUUUUACUUUUUUUUCUGUUGCAGUUUUGCUAAUUUAUCAGAUGGUCCAAAUGUUUUGACAUAACUAUUUCAGUUUGCAUUAUUUAUUUAUGAUGCUUUUUGUCAUUGUCUUUUAUACAUUUGCAAUUAUAAAUUAUGUACAUGUUAAAAUUAGCAUCUCAAAGAAGUCUGUUACCCAUGGUCAAAAAAAGCAGUUGGUUUAUAUUUUCACGGAAUUUAUUCCCAGUUUACUGGAUUGGACGAUUUUUUUUAAAGUAUGUAACCAAUCAUAAUGCAACCCCCCUGGAUAAUUAAAUGUGUUCUAUUUAAUAACAGUCUUGUAGCAUAGAUACUGUAUCACUAUUGACAGAUUUCUUAGAAAUGCUGCUAUCUCUAUUUAACUAACAUUUUGUUCAGUUUUUGCCUCCAGUGGAAGCAGAAAGGGUUUUUUCAGCUGUUAAAUCCAAAAUCAAUAUAAUUUAUUUAUGUAAAAAAAAAGUCACGAUUGAUAUAUUUUUGAACCUUUUAAGUACUAACUUUGUUUUUAUUCAGUGGAAGAACAUGUACUUGCCCUAAAUCCUUAAAAUACAAAUGCUAUAAAACUUCAUAUAUCCUCAAAGCCUUACUGUGAAUGGAUAUAGAAAUCUCUUCCGAGUUCAUUUCUUGUUAAGGGAUGGUUUUUCCAGGGUUACACGCGUAAGGAACAGGGUUUAAAGUGAAAUUUAUUUAAUUAGCCAGCAUGCUCUAUACCUUGUUCUUUCUUAGCAGACAUGUAUGCUAUGUCUCUGGGUGUUUAGGCUUCUCUUUGCUACUUUGUGACCCUUUUGCAACCCGGUAUACUCUGUGGAUUAUUUAGACUGUAAGGCGUAAGUGGCUGCUUCUUCUUUUCCAUCAUAUCCCAAACGAACGCCAAAUUUUCACCGGUUUUCAUGGCUACUCACACACAUACAUCCUUCACCAAAUGUGCUAACAAAAUAAACUGUCUGUGCUCUUGAACAUGGAUAAAAAGAAAAAGAUUUAAAAGUCA